CACCAUGCCUCAUCACUCUCAACGAGGUCCCCAUGGCCGAUUUCCAGCCUGCUCAACGUUCGCGCUCUCAUCGUCGUCGUUCCAGCCUCGUUUCUGACCCUUUCGACAACUCUUCUGACUGGAGCCCCGUUUCUCUAUAUGCUGCUCGACCUCCACCCUCGUCGUUCCCGGCAUUUCCAUUCCAAUCUCAUGCUGGAAAUCCAGACCCAGGGACACCCAUUCCUGGCUUGUCUUCGCGUCGCUCGUCCUUUGAGUCGACUCCUGGCGAUCCUCGGUCCCCCUCCUUCGAUAUUCAGCCUCCAAACCCUCCAUUCAAGACCCAAUCAGAACAGGGACACUCGAGCAGCGGGGCGUCCACCCCAAAUUAUCCGAACCGAGGGAGUGUAGGGUUUCAACCAAUGUCCUCUUCCACGAGCAAUUUACCAUCCACGAAUUCACGUCACUCUUUUCGUGCCCCGUUUCUAGCCCCGUCGUCAAGACCCACUUCAUCUCUGUGGUCUCCUCCGUCGGUCCCUGAUCUACACUCCCAACUGCCUUCCACGAGUUCCCCUGUAGGCUCCACAACUGCGUUACCUGCCACCAAACCCCCUCUUCCUUCCACCAGGUUAUCUCAACCUCUCACAAAGUCAGAUAAGCCUUGGUUAUCUAAAUCUCGAUCCUUUGCCUCUCCCAGUAGAGAUCGGCUAAGUUACUUUGUUACCUUACUAUGCAUCAUUCUGGGUGUGGGUGGUGCAGCAGCUCUGUGUUUCUUUGGAACAAGACCCGACUCCAUCCACCGUCUCGCCGAUAAUGAACUGUGUCUUGUCCUCAAUGAGCAGUUCACAGGAGGUGAUUUAGACACUUCCGUUUGGAAAAGGGACGUUGGGCUCGGGGGCUUUGGUAAUGGCGAGUUUCAGGUCAUGACCUCUUCGUCUGAUAACGCAAAGAUUGUCAACAACCAACUCUACGUCAUCCCCACCCUCACCUCCGCGAGGAUUGGCGCCAACAGCAUUUUUGACGGUUUCCACUACACCGCGGAUGGGUGUACGACGCCGCAGAAUAAAUCUACGUGCGAGGUCAGAUCCAGUGCUAAUACGUCUACGGUCAUUCCUCCUGUCGAAUCGGCACGACUCACUACAAACGGAACGAAAACAAUUAGGUAUGGUCGUGUCGAAGUACGUGCCAAACUCCCACAAGGCGACUGGCUGUGGCCCGCAAUUUGGUUAUUGCCCCAAGAUAGCAAGUACGGCCCGUGGCCUUUGAGCGGUGAAAUUGACAUCAUGGAAUCCCGCGGGAACGCUCCAAACUAUCCCUUCGAAGGUGUCGACUGGAUUCGGUCAUCUCUGAAUUAUGGUCCUCUUCCCGGAGUAUUAGCGCAGUUGACCUCGUCUGUGCCAACAAAACGUGCAAAAGCUGGCUUUGCAGAGGGAUUCCAUACAUACGCCCUGGAAUGGUCACCAAAGUUCAUGAGACUGUAUAUUGACACACGGUUACACGCCGUCAUGGAUCUAUCGACUACGAAAAGUAAGGAAUCCUUUUGGUAUAGAGGUGGUUUUCCACCUACCGCUCCAAAUGGUACUUCCAAUUCUCACGUUGUCGUUGAGAACAUAUGGGAGCAAAACGGGGGAGGAUUGAACGCUCCUUUCGAUCAAGAUUUCUAUCUCCUUAUCUCCCUUGCUGUCGGCGGCACGUCGGGCUGGUUCCCUGAUAAUUUGGGUGGGAAGCCGUGGGCAGACGGGAGCGUGAAUGCGAUGCAUGAGUUCGCGAAAGCGGAGGGGGAGUGGAGUAAGACAUGGCCGGAGAAUGUCGACGACAAAGCUUUUAGAAUCGACUACGUCAAGAUGUGGCAGCUUGGAAGGUGCUGAACAAAUUAUGGCACCAUUACCUAUUAUAUUUUUUGGACAGAAGCGAAACACGAUAUAACGAAACACGGCACAGGACAAUG